GUUGUCAUCGGAGGUAGAAAUAAAUAUCUUAUCAAUGGUGUGAGUGCUACCCAAACUCGUGUGCAGGAUCUUUUCUGUUCAGUUGGACUCAAUGUCAAUAACCCUCACUUCCUUAUUAUGCAGGGACGAAUUACCAAAGUUCUAAAUAUGAAGCCAGCAGAGAUUUUAGCUAUGAUUGAAGAAGCAACUGGUACUAGGAUGUAUGAAUGCAAGAAAAUAGCUGUCCAGAAAACCAUAGAGAAGAAGGAAGUCAAACUGAGAGACAUUCAAAUGGUCUUAAAUGAGGAGAUCACUCCAACUUUACAGAAACUGAGAGAGGAACGAUCAUCCUAUCUAGAAUACCAAAAAGUAGUACAAACUAUAGAACAUGUAAGCCGCCUCUCUAUAGCUUAUCAGUUUGUUCUGGCUGAAGAGACAAAGGCAUCAUCUGCUGAAUUAUUAAAGGAAAUGAAGGCUGAUGUAGAGAAGCUUCAGGAAUCAAUAGCUGAAAGUGAAAAGAAGAUGAGACAACUUAAUGAAGAAUUAGUGGAGAUGGAAAAGGAAAGGAGUAAGGAAGUUAGUGGUGCACUACACUCACUGGAAUGUGCACUUUCAGAAAUUCAAAGAGUUAAUACUAGAGCACAAAGUGCCCUUGCUCUCAAGAAGCAAAACUUAAAAAGUGAACAGAAAAAGUACAAAGAACUGGUAAAAAGUAAGCAGGAGGAUUCUAAAGCAUUAGCAUCAAAGGAGAAAGAAAUAAAGAAGGUAGAGGAAGAACUAAAUGCUUUACAGGAAACAAGUGAACAAGAUACAGAUGCUUUAGCUGCAGCACAACAGCAUUUUAAUGCUGUGUCUGCUGGCUUGUCCAGCAAUGAUGAUGGGGAAGAAGCUACGCUUGCUGGGCAGAUGAUGAUCUGCAAAAAUGAAAUCAGCAAAGCAAUCACAGAGGCUAAACAGGCUCAAAUGAAGUUGAAUUAUGCACAACAAGAAUUAAAAUCAAAACAAGCUGAAGUUAAAAAGAUGGAUGGAAGCUACAAGAAGGACCAAGAAGCACUUAAAGCUCUCUUAAAAACAAAAGAAAAACUAGAGAACCAAAUGAAGACGCUGAACUAUGAAG